AUGAAUAAUAAGGAAGAAAUAGUCCUUGGAUUUUUAGAAUAAACAGAUGAUAUCCUAAAUGCAGAUGAUGAAUUACCUUCCUAUGCUAAUGGAUUACCUUAUUUUUUGGAGAAUGAAGAUAAAUUCGAAUCAAUAAAAUGUGCUAAAUGCGGAAAUCAAAUGAAAUUGUUGCUUUAAAUCUAUGCUCCCUUGAAUAACAAGCAUGCUUCAUAUAGAGAAAUUUAUGUUUUCCUUUGCUUAAAUGAACAAUGUUCUAAACAUAAUAGCAGCGUCAGAGUUUUUAGAAUGCAAUCAUCUUAAAAGCCUUAACUUUUUCAAUCCAAAAUCAAAGACUAUAUUCUUUCUCCCUCAAACAAAUCAUUUAUUAUCGAUACUGAAAUAAUAAGUGCUAAGGAGAAUAAUAAUGAAUUUUAGGUGGCUGAAGAACUAUUACCUACUAAUUAAGAGGAUGAAGACAAGGAUGUAGAUUUGAAGAAUGUUAAAUUUGACAAUGAAAAUAAAAUCUAUGAGAAUUAUCUCAAGAGUACUGAAGAGAAAGAAGAUAUUGAAGACAUAGAUGGAUUGGAAAAAGAUCAAUAAAAUAAUAUUGAUGGUUGUUUUCUGAUUUAUUAACAUUUUCUCACCUAAUAUUAGAACCAUGUUGUCAGAUAUUGUUUUGACUCUCAAAGUAAACCACUCUGGUUUAGUGAUAAGAAAUAGCCAUAAAUUGAAUCCAAAUGUCCACAUUGCAAAAAGAAUAAAAUAUUCGAAUUCUAGAUUAAUAACUCAAUACUUACCUACUUUCCUGAAUUGUACAACUUAGAAUGGGGAGCAUUAUAUAUUUACAGUUGUCCUUCAAGUUGUUCGGUUGGUGGGUAAAUACUCGUUGAAGAAACAGUUUAUGCUCAUUCAGAUGAAUAAGAAUUUAUUAGUCCAAAUCUCAAGGUGGAUCCAGAUACAAAAUUAGUAACAAUCAAGUAGGAUGCAAAUAAAGGGAAUAAAUAGAAGCAAUAAAUUUAAUAAUAAUAAUAACAAAUCUAGUAAAAGAUAGAUGAGUAGGAUGAAGAAGAUGAUUGGUGAAUAAAUUCAUUGUAUUUACAAUAUUUUUAUAUCAAGACUUUAAGU